CUGCCGCCGGCUGUUAACCCUUUCGCUGCCGCGGUUCCUCAAGUUCCAGUGGAACGAGAGCCCAUCGUAGGGUGUCGGAAGGAACUGCAGGUGCUGGUUCACCCCAAAGAUAGACGCAAAUUGCCGGAGAUGACGGCAGCAAUGUCUGUGGCAUCGGACAGGCCCCGUAGUGGCCUCAGCCUCGGCUCCAGUGUCGGCACCAUCGCCUCCCUCGCCAAUCCGCUGGGGUCAAAGCCCCUCCGACCGCUGAGGAAGGUGCACAACUUCGGCAAGAGGGAGCAGGCGAUCAAACGGGACCCCAACUCUGCCACCGUGAUGCGGGGCUGGCUGCACAAACAGGACAGCUCUGGGCUGAAACUGUGGAAACGAAGAUGGUUCGUCCUGUCUGACUUCUGUCUCUUCUACUACCGAGACAGUCGGGAAGAACGGAUCCUGGGGAGCAUUCCAAUGCCGAGUUACAACAUCUCAGCGAUCGACCCACAAGACCGGAAGAGCCGGAAAUUUGCUUUCAAGGCUGAGCACCCGGGAAUGAGGACGUACUGCUUCAGCGCUGACACUCAGGACGACAGGAAUGGAUGGAUCAGGGCCAUGGGCCAGUCGGCACGCGUGGAGACUGACUUCACCGGCUUCCACUCGACCAAGGUUUCAAAGCCCGUUCCCCAGGAGCGUCAAUAUUGCAGCUACAAGGAUCUCACCGGGUCGGCCCUCCAGCACAACAACGCCCAAAGUGCCGAGUCGCUGGAGAUCGCCAACCUCUCCAAGGCGGACCCCUGGAUCAAGCUGCAAGAGGCGGGGACGGAAGCACGCCGGCACGGGUCCCUGCUUCCCACCGACAGCCACCGAGCGGAUACAUCAUUCACCAUCUCCCUGGAGCGGCUGACCCCACCGGCCCGCAACGGCGCUGUACCCCCUCCCACUCCCACCAGCGCCUUCCACAGCGCGGUGUUCAACUUCGAGGGCAGCCCCAAGCCUGAGCUCACGGCCAAGGACGUCCAGAGAACCACCUCACUUUCACAUGUCGAACAGUGGGUUCAGUCGCAGAAGGAGGAGCUGCCAGAUGGACAGGAGGAUGAGUAAGUACA